UUGUAUAUGAAUAUUAUGUUGUGAAAAUAAUGUUAUCAAAAACCGACCCUGGUGGGAUUCGAACCCACAAUCUUCUGCUCCGGAGGCAGACGCCUUAUCCAUUAGGCCACAGAGCCUAGACAAAUUAGCAUUUGAAAUUUUUUAACUAUCCUAUGAAAUUAUGGACGAAUAUAGUUAUUAUGAUAAAAGAAAAAAUAGAGCAAAUAGUGUCCCUCACUCUUUUUCAUCAGUUUCUAUUACAUCUGCAUUUAUAUCAUUAUCUUCACCAUCGUCAUCUUCCGGUUCUCCUCUGAGAAAUGAAUUACAAUAUGACACUCAAUCAUUGUAUGAUAAUGUGGAAAGUAACAAAUAUAUUAACCAUGUUGCAAAAUGGGAAACUAAUUUUACAAGUCGAGUUGCAACUUUCAAAUCCCGCGAUAUUCCAUCAUCUAGUAAUAAAUUUAGAAGAUAUAGCUAUUCAGCCAUGCAUCACAAAAAUCCAAUGAUCGUUAACGUUAUGGAUGGAUCUAAAUCACAUUAUAGCUCGAUGUGCACGGUUAAUAAGAAGUUGUUUCAAGCUCCCUCGCCCAGAAUCAAUCAAAUUAAACAGGAGGAAGGGAUGGAAAGGGAAGCCAAUCACGAAAAAUCGACUCACCUCAAUAUUUGUUUGUCCAACACCUGGGAAGAUCUUGCCCUUGAAGACGAAGGCAAAGGAAAAAAUAAAAUGGGUAAGACAAAUUUUUCGCCAUCCAUUUUAUCGGAUAAUAAUAAUAUCGCGACAGAAAGUAUAGAUUUAAACAGCGAUAUAUUUGGGAGCAAUAGCUAUAAUUACUAUAAUUGUGAUUCCGAUUCUUCUGACUGUGUGGUAAAGUCACCUUUUAGAAAUUAUCCUUACAAUUAUGGUAAUGGCAAUAACACUAAGCCUUAUUUACAAAAUUCUUUUCGAGCCAUAUCCAGUCCCAAUGCUAAAUCAUGCAUUAGACGAAGUGUAAGCCCAGUUGUGGUACUAAGACCUAGCACCUUAAAUAUAAAGCGCAAAUAUGAAUCAGACACCGACAGCUGUUCUAGUUCUCCGCCCAGUAAAAAGUUUUUGACACCUCAUUACCUAACGUCCCCUUUAUCAUUGGAGGUUAAAUCAUUUAUCAAUCAACCUCAACAAACUUGCAAAGGCGUUUUCAAUUACGAGUCUUUUAACAGGGAUAUUAAUUGGGAUAAAGACAAUGUUAGCGACAACAAUGAUGCAAUAGACUUUGAUAAUAGGGUGGGAACGAGCAAUGUAAGUCCUUCAACUUGGAUUACCAGUGAAAAGGAGUCAGCAUCUCCCGAAAACAAUGUCAUUAUUAAAAACAAUAACUUGAUUGAUAGAUAUGCAAAUCACGAUUUAAACAACUUAAAUUUUAGCGAAAUAAAUCGUCAACAAAACAAUAAAAAUUUAAGUAAAUUUCAAUGUGGGGCACCGCUCGGUAUGCUGCCCUCUAAUAACCAUACCAGUAAUACCUACCGGUUUUACCAACACCAAUCCCACAGAAAUCCGUUUUUAAAACGCCUUUUUACCGGUUCCAUGAAUAAUAUAGAUUACUCCGAAAAUAAAGCUUUCUUGUCCCAUUCACUCAGAGCCAAAUCUUUGAUAUCUCCAUUGUCCUUCCUUACUAGGCUUAACAAGCAAGAAAACCAACUCAUUAAUAUAAUCUCGGACUCCUAUAAUAAUAAUAAAUUGAUUCCUUCAAAAGAGAUAAACAGUGCCAAUUCUUCACAAAGUACUGACGCCUCAUUAUCUUCUUCCCCUUUCGAGAAAAACCACUCGAGAAAUGAUAGCGUCUCAAAGAAUUUUAAAAAUCGUUGCCGAAAAAAUAAUUAUCACAAAAACGAAUUUUUAAGUGAUACAAUUAAAAAGAUUCACAAUCGACUUGUCGAUUCAAAUAGCAGUAGUGAUAAAACUGAAGAAAUUGUCAAUGUGGAAUGCCGACUUGAGGGUGAUAAAGAUAUGUUUAUUAAUUACGAAAAUAAUAUUUCCUAUAAAGAGGAGGAUAGGUUAAAAACAUCUUCUUUCGACCAAAAUGAAGAUAAAUUAUAUCUCUCUAUGGAGACCGAAAACUACACAGACGAAUAUGUCGUCGAAAUUCAAAGCAUGGAAUCCGAUGACAAUAAAAAGCAAGAAAGUGAAAUUAAAAGUUAUAAUAACGAAAUCCUUAUCAAUUCUAAAUCGCAUUUCGACUCGAAUAUAUCACCUGAUUCGAUUUCAACAAUUUUGCAACCCACAUCUCUCCACCCACCUUUAAAUUCCAUAAUCAUAUAAUAAACUCGUUUCUUCUUCACUUUAUAAUCAUCGGUAAAUAUUUAAAGGAGUAGUAGUUUCAUUUCCCAGUAAAAAUAUCUUAUGAAUUUUAACCACCAAAAUUUUAAAAAUCCUUUUGUUACAUAAUAAUGAAAUAUUAUAUCAAAUUAAUAAAUUAAUUAAUAUAUUUGU